ACCACGUUGAAAAAAAAAGAAAAACAUACCGAUCGUUGACGUCGACGUCGAGACUCGCCAGUCCCGAUCGUCCCUGAACACCCGCUCGCGCGCUCUUGCCAGACACACAUGACCGUCCCGAUCGUGUAAUUACGCGAGUUAGAAAGCGAGCCAUGUCUCGUUGCGACAAGAAGUACUUUCUCGGAGCGCACAUCGUUAUCAAUUCUUUUAGUUCAUUCUGUUUCACUGAUGUAGUCAUCAAAUAUAUGGACAACUGAACACUUAAAAUUGAUGACAUGAAUUGCUAUCAAAGCACAAGGGACUGGCAAUAUGCAAAGAUCAUGAUAGUUGAAAAUUCAUCCUGAAAUAUUAUUUGAAAAAGGACCAAUGCAAAACAGCGGCAAUAUGUUUGGUUGUCCUAGAGAAGCUGUACGCGUCAAAGUUAAGAAGUGCGAAACGAGACAUCAACCUGAAUACCGCAAAUUUAGUGUGGAUCCCCAAAUAACAUCGAUAGAAGUGCUGCAAAGCAUACUCGUAAAGGCUUUCGACAUAAAGGGGGAAUUCACUGUCUCGUAUCGUGCGAUCGAUGACUAUGGGUCGGAAACGUAUCUCUUUCUCCUCUCGGACUGGGAUUUGGACGCCGCAUUUAUCAGUGCGUCGGAACCGUAUCUCUAUCUGCAAGUAAACCUGAAACCUUUCGGCGAAACUGGAGACUGCGAGUGCUACUGGGAGCAAAAUGCGCAGGAAGUUUCGACACGUCAGCAGGAGACCGGGUUUCCUUACAGGACACCCAAGUUGCCCGGUCUCAUAAUGAAUAAAUUAACAGGUGUAUCCAAUCUCGCGUUUAAUCUUUCGUCACAGAUGGAAAGAACGCUGAAUAUGGUGCAACGUGCAUUGGGCAACUUGGGCGAGGAGUCGUCUCAUCAGCAGAGUGUACAGCCUCCGAGACCGCCUCUGACGGACGCGGAGUUUCGUCGAUUUCUAGAUCCGAUCGGCCAGGUGGUGCACUCGAAGGAAUUGAGGGCGGUUAUUUACUUCGGUGGGAUCGAGCCUAGCUUGCGCAAGGUAGUCUGGAAACAUAUCUUGAACGUGUAUCCGGAGGGUAUGUCGGGUCGCGAGCGGAUGGACUACAUGAAGAGGAAGGCGCAGGAAUACCAGAAUCUACGCGAACGGUGGCGAGUGCUGGUGCAAAAGGGACAGAACGUCGGCGAUCUCGGCUACGUCACCAGUAUGGUGAGGAAGGACGUCCUCAGAACGGACAGGCAUUACAAGUUUUACGGUGGUUCGGACGACAAUCAAAAUAUAGCGAGUCUCUUCAACAUUUUGACGACGUAUGCCUUAAAUCACCCGAGUGUAAGUUACUGCCAGGGCAUGAGCGACUUGGCCUCACCCCUUCUUGUCACGAUGCGAGACGAAGCACAGGCCUACAUCUGCCUCUGCGCCCUCAUGAGAAGAUUGAAGGACAACUUUAUGCUUGACGGCAUCGCCAUGACCACUAAAUUCGCUCAUCUCGCAGAAGGUCUUCAACACUAUGACCCCGACUUCUAUUCGUACUUGAAGUCCCACCAAGCGGACGAUCUGCUCUUUUGCUAUCGUUGGCUGUUGCUGGAAAUGAAACGUGAGUUUGCGUUGGACGAUGCGCUUAGAAUGCUCGAAGUUCUGUGGGCGGCUCUACCAGCGUCACCACCGAACGGCGAACUGAGUCUUGCCGAGGUGCCUUUUCCGCCAGCGUCGCCACCACCGAGUCCGAACGUGAAGCAUAUCCGCGAGAACGCGUACACCAAGGUCUGUGCUAUUAGACGACAAAGUUCCUCAGCCAGUAUUGCCGCCAGCGUGAGGCGGAAAGCCUUCAGCACCGAGGAAUCAACUCUGCAAACGUCUACCGAGGUUAACGGAGAAACGAAAAGAUCCAGCUCGCCGUACGAAGCGUUUUCCGAUUCAGAAAACGAUCUGACCAGCACAAAAAACAAAAGGAAUAACGAGUCGACAGAAAAGUGCCUAAGUACAGAUUCUCUUCCUGUUAAAUCGAAACACUCGAAUCUUCUGGAAUUGAAAGAGAAGCUGUCCGCCCCUAACAAAGAACAGACUAAGAACAAUGAACAGAGCGACAACUCUGGCGAAAAGAAAUGUGCGCGAGUGGUGAAGAAUUUGAAUGAAUUCUUGAAUUUUACUAGUCUCAAUCGUAGUAAAGUGAUGCCGAGCGAUGCCGAACCUGAACUCAGACGUGUCUCGAGCGAAAGCGGCGUCAUCAGAGUGUUGAGGGAUGAGCCGAGCUCGCCGGACGAUCCUACGGAUUUCUUUCCGAUGACCACAUCAAUGACCAGAGAGUUAAGACUGGAACUGGAGUCGCUGGAUCGACAAGUGUUCGGACCUUCUCCGCCUAGCGAGCUGCAAUGCGACUGCGUGCUAUCGAAGAGAGAAAGUGACCUACCGGAGAGCGAGACGGAGACGGAAUUGGCGAGAUGCAGUCCGGCGGCGGACGUGUUCGUGUGGGAGAACCCUUUACAUACGUUACAGCAAAAGCAACAUCCCACGACUCCGGACGAGCAGGCGGAAUUGGAGUACGACGGGGAAAUUUUGGAGGAUCAGAACGGUGUAAAAUCUGUCACGCCAAUCAGAUUGCUGAAACGCACCACUAGAUCGGAGUCGGCAUCAGAUAGCGAAGGGACCGAGAGUUGGCAUCAGAAUCCACCUGAAUCAGAAAGUCCAAUGAAGCAGCAGCAGCAACAACAGCAGCAACAGCAACAAUCAUCCGUGCAAGAGCAAUGCGAGGAAGCGACGGAGCUGACCAAUCUCAUUCCCGCGGGAACGAGCGAGGAUCAACUGGGAGAAAGCUCGUUGCCGCCACCGAACGAAUUCGGCGGCGGCAAUCCCUUUCUAAUGUUCCUGUGCAUCACCCUUCUGCUGCAACAUCGGGACUUCGUUAUGCGCAAUCAAAUGGACUACAACGAGAUGGCGAUGCAUUUCGACAAGAUGGUUCGCCGACACAAUGUGAUCCGUGUGCUUAAUCAGGCGCGGCAACUGUUCGCCGGCUAUCUCAGAAGACAUUCCGUCGCCACGUCCUCCUCGUUGGCCGGCACGACUUCCGCCAGCAAGACGGACUGCGUGAACGUGUAACUCUCUCCCGGUUAACUUAAAAAAAAAAUACAUCGAGUCAUCAGGCGAAAUGAGGCGAAUUUCAGAAUUUUAUUUCAAAUAAACAGGAUUUAAACGGCACAUAUCACGGAAAUUAUGUCGCCGACUAAGAUUCGGAAGGCUUAAGAAGAUUUAAGGUAAUUCUGUCACGGUGCUCUUCCCUUCGCAACGUUCGUGGGACAUUUACGAUACUCGCCGUGGAUUUCCCGCAGUCGUAUCACGCGAGCAGUGUCUCUGAUUAACCAUUCUUUCGUUUUUUUUCCUUUCCAAUUCAUACAGAUAAGGUACUUUUCAAACUAUCGAAUAAAGGUCAUCCGCUGUAAGCAUUGAAAAUACUCAAAAGUCUAAACGCGACAACGAAUAAAUGACCAAUGUGUAACGCGAGAGCAAUAAAACGCAAAACACGUACUUACAAUUGCGUGGAAAUUAUAUAAAACUUCUUUUCUUCGUAAGUAACAAUUUUUCCAGAUACGUCGAAUGUAGAAGAAACAAAGACGGUUGAUCAGAGGCAACAGCGCUUAGGCCCGUACUUAUUAGCAUUUAGAAUCGAAUGGAUUUGAUCGGGAGAGCUCGGGGUACAACGAUCGGAAACGCUUGAGUUUAUCCGCGAAUGGCGCGCGUACGCCCAUUCGCUCAUGCACGUUAUCAUUCCAUCGCGACAUAAUACACCUUAUCAUCCAUACGCAUCGACGAACCUUCUCUCGCUAUACCUCGAAGUAGAAUUAAGUCCCUAGCCUAACGCAUCCGGGCGACGAUCGCGUCACUUUCGAAUGCGUUGAAUUUGUAACAUACACAACUAUCCUAGCAGCUUACUUUGUUCUCAAACGGUAUGCUUGAGAAACGACAAUAAAGUGCAUUUAAUUUUUUCGCUGACAA